UAUCGGUUUGCGGGCAUGCAGAAUGGGAAUGAGUGCUGGUGUGGAGAGUAUGCCGGGAGGAAGAAAACGGGGGCGGAGAUGGGUUAUAUGGAUGCGGAGAGCUGGGCGAGGAAUCAGAGCGAGUGCACUAUUCCUUGCUCGGGUGAUGAGAGCAAGUUCUGUGGCGGGAAGGAUUUGUUGGCUGGUUUUGAUACGGAGGAUCACGAGCCUUAUAGUUCUUUGUCUUCUAUGGGGGUUAGCACCGGGGCCAGUACCAGCACCAGUGCUGCUGUUGGCACUAUGACUAGCACCAGCAUUGCGACCAACACCACAGGUGUUGAUGCUCCCGGUGCUAGCGAGACUCGUGCGAGUUCCGGGGCUGUGAGGAAUUUGGUCGUGCCAUGGAGCUUCGUUGUGGUGCUAUCUAUGGCAUUGUUCUCAUAG